GGGAACAGGGAGGGAAAGGCAGGGGAGAACCAGGGGGGACGGGGCAGGGCGGGAGCAAACAAAACAGCCAGGACCCAAGGAGCCGAGGAAAACCGGAGCAGGGGGGCGGACAGAAAGGGCAGGGCGGGGAGCGCGAAGAGACCGGAGGAGAGGGGAAGCAGGAGGCAAGGACGGCAGGGGGGGGGAGCACGAGAGGGGCGAGCAAGGGCAGCGCAAAGAGGGGGCGAGGAGGGAACGGCGGGGGCGAGAAGGGGGCGCCAACGAGAAGGAAGGAAGGGACGGCGAGGCCAAAAAGGGGCCGGAGCGGCGGCAAGAGAGGAGGAGGCAACCGGGAGGGGGAGAAAAACAGGACACGGAGAGGCAGAGAGACAGGGGAAAAAGCAGGGGGAGAGGGAGGCGGACGGGGGGAGAGAAAAAAAGCGGCAAAGAAAAACGCGAGCGGCAAGGCGAGAGAAGACGGAGAGCGGGCACAAGCGGGGGAGGGCAAAAGGCGCAGGCGGGAAACAGGAACGGACAGCAGCAAGCGCGGGAGAGAGGGCAGGGAGGGGGACACCAGCAAGCGGGACGGAGAGAAGAAAGAAGAAAGAAGGGCAGGAGCAACCCGGGAGCGAGCACACAAGGGGACAGAGGAGGCCGGCAAGGAGGAGAGGAACGCCAGGCGCAACCCGGGAAAGAGGAAAGAAGGACACAGAAGAAGACGGAAGAAAGCCGCAGGGCGAGAAGGAGGAAGCCAGCAGGAGGGCGCAAGAGAAAGGGAACGGCAGAGCGAAAGGGAGGAGGCGGCCAAGGGGAGGAGGGAGCGGAACGGAAGGCCAGGGACCGGGGGAGAGGAGAGGGAGGAAAAGCAAGGAAGGGGCGCGGCGGGAACCCAGAGGCGACAAACGCGCGGGAGCACCGCAGGAGGCGGAGGGCGCGGGCAGGCACACACCCAGGGGGAACCGGCAGGGGAACGCGCAAAGGGGGAGGGGGAGAAAGAGAAGGGAGCAGGGGAGCGAGGCGAGCGAGGCCGGAAGGGCGCCGGGAGAGAGGAAAGAGGCAGGGCACGGCGGGGGCCGAACGCGGGAGCCAGAGGAGCAGAGAACGAGCAAGGGGGAAGGGCAAGGGGGGGCGACAACGAGAACCGGGGGGAAAACGCCAGAGGGGGAAAAGGAAGGGCAAGGGCGAAAACAACCAGAGGCGAAACAGGGCCAAAGAGAGGGGGAGCGGCGGGCCGCAGCCCGAGGAGGACGGGGGGGGGCACCGAGAAGGCGGACCAGGGGGGGCGGCAGCGGGACGAACGGCGGCAGGACAGAAGGAGGCAAAACGAGGGCAAGAGGGACAAGAGGGCGGGACGAGAGCGAGGAGGAGGAGCCAGAGCGCGGGCACCGAGAGAGCGCCGACACGGCGAGGGGCAAGGAGGAGCGAGAGAGAGGGGGGGCCAAGGAGAGAGGACCGAGGCACGGCGGGAGGAGCAGGAGGAGCAAGAGAGGGAGGGGGCAGAGGAGGGGCGAAAAGCGCAAAGAGAGGAGCGGGGGAACGGCCAGGGCAAGCGAACGAGGACAGGGAGGGAAAGAAGGAAGAGGGGGGAGGCGGAGGAAAGGGCGGGGCAGGCCAAAAAGCGACGGAGGAGGAGAGGAGCCCCCGAAGGCCGAGAAACAAGCGGCAGGAGGAAGGCAG